AUGGUCGGGGAAGAAGAAAUGCGCGUUUUCCUCCAGAAAUUUGGAAUCUUUAUGAUAGUUUUAAAUUCUGAAAAUAGAACAAAUAAUCAUGCUGAGGCAGCAAAUAGGAAAUUAAAUAUUGAAAUGGGAAAACCAAAACUAAAGCCUCGGGACAGAGAUCUGGACAAAACACAACGGAAACGGCCUGGACUACAAGGAUUUAGGAUUGGCACUUGGAAUGUAAGAACGUUAUAUAAAGCAGGAGCGCUUAAUACACUAAUCAAUACAAUAGAUAGAUAUAAGGCAAAUAUAGUAGCGUUACAAGAAACGAGAUGGCAAGGCGAAGGAUGUAUAGCAACAUGUAACAUGACAUUAUUCUAUGGUGGUGUAACAACAAAUAGACAUGAAAAUGGUGUGGGUUUCCUUGUACACAAUAGCCUAAUACCAUGGGUUAAACAAUUCAAGGCUAUUAAUGACCGAAUAUGUUACAUCCGGAUUAAUAUGAACCACCGAGACAUGAUUAUUAUUUGCGCAUACGCACCCACCGAAUCAGGAAAUAAAGAAGUGAAAGAUGCCUUCUAUGAAGAGCUGGAACAAGUAUAUGACACUAUACCAAGUCAUUGCAUUAAAGUAUUAUUGGGAGAUAUGAACGCUCAAGUGGGUAAAGAAAAUACAUACAAAACGACGAUUGGAGAACAUAGCUUACAUGACCGAAGCAACGAUAACGGAGUAAGAUUAAUUAACUUUGCAAUACGUAAAAAUAUGGUAGUAAGCAGUACAAGAUUCCCGCGGAAAAAUAUCCAUAAAGAAACGUGGCUAUCCCCGGGAGGCAGGUAUAGUAGUCAAAUUGAUCAUGUCCUCAUAGAAAAUAAACAUAAAACGAUUAUAAAAAAUGUCAAAAGCUACAGAGGAGCAGACGCAGACACAGACCAUUACUUAAUCCUAAUUGACUUCAGAACAUAUCAAGAAACAGUGACAAAUCUCUUAGGAAGAAGAGAGGGCUUCGACACAGAACAGAUUGAAGAAUCAUGGAUAGCAGUUAAGACCUCAAUAACGGAAUCAGCAGAAAAAGUUAUCCAACUUACACAAAGAAAAAAAACAAAGAAAUGGUUUAAUGAUAAUUGCAAGCAAGUAAUCAGGGAACGUAAUGAAGCUAGAAUCAAAGCAAUACACACACCAACUCCAGAGAACAUAAGGGACUUCGAAAACAAAAGAAGAGAAGUGAAUACACUGAUAAGAAAAGAAAAGAGGAUAGCAGAAAAAGAACGAUUAGAAGACAUCGAAAACCUUAAACACAACCCCAGAGAAUUCUUCAAACGUUGCAAAACAUUUAAAAAUGGAUUUGUGCCUAAUAUACGGAUGAUAGAAGAUAAUAAUGGUACCCUAAUUACAAAACCGGAAAAUAUUGCCGAGGAAUUUAGAUCGUACUUUGAAAAAAUCCUUAACAGAGACUCAACAACAGGAAUAGGUGAACAAGACGACACCUUAUACUACACAGCGGAACCAGAAGUACCAAGUCCUAGUCUAGAAGAGAUACAGUAUGCGAUACAAACUCUAAAAAAUAAUAAGUCUCCAGGAGAUGAUAAAAUUGCCGCUGAGUUACUGAAGUUAGGAGGACAAAACUUAACAAAAAACUUACAUGACCUAAUUCAACAGAUAUGGAUAAAGGAAAAGAUACCAAAAGAAUGGAAUGA